AUGGAUGAGUCCAUGGAGCCCGGCCCAUCGCGCUGUGACCCAAACAUUGAUCUUCCAUCUAUCGACGUGCCUCCAGAAAAUGUAAGAUUUCUUUUUCUUUUGAGCUCUUUAGUGGUACGUUGAACGAUGGAUAUUGUGUGGAACAACCUAGCGGACGUUGUAAAAAAGAAAUCUGGAAAUUUCACAGUUGAAAAAGGGCACUUGUCAGUUCAUUAUUGCAUCAUUUUGCAGGAACUGAGGGAGAAACGCAAGAAAGGGCUGGAGAAGGCACGAAACAAGCUGAAGCAGCUAAAGCAAAGGAAGAUAAAGUUAGAAGAGAUCAGCAGGAACGUCUGGUUGUAUAAAAUGGAUGAAUCCAUGGAGCCCGGCACAUCUAGCAAUGACCCAAACAUUGAUCUUCCAUCUACCGAUGUGCCUCCAGAAAAUGUAAGAUUUCUCUUUCUUUUGAGCUCUUUAGUGGUACGUUGAGCGAUGGAUAUUGUGUGGAACAUCCUAGCGGACGUAAUAAAGAAGAAAUCUGGAAAUUUCACAGUUGAAAAAGGGCACUUGUCAGUUCAUUAUUGCAUCAUGUUGCAGGAACUGACGGAGAAACGCAGGAAUGGACUGGAGAAGGCGUGAGCGAAGCUGGAUCAGAGGAAGCAGACGACGUUUAGAACAUUUCAAGGUAAGUUUGUGACGUUGCCUUUUUGAUUCCUUGUUUUUCUAGGCCAUUGAGUUUAUAAGUUUCUCUGGUUAUACCUAAAAUAAUAUAAUUGAUAUUUCAGCCGGUCCAUGUUGAAGUAGAAUGUGAAAGCCAGCAUAAUGUACCAAUGGGUGUGGAGAUUGAAUUCCGAGUUCAGAUUGCAUCCGACAAAUUCGAUGGAUUGUCGAAAAUUUAUGUAAUUUUAAUUAUUCUUAUUGGUUUGAUGUUUAGGUGGAAAUGAAGAAGAUUUGAUGAAUUUCAAUUUAUUAGUGGUCUGUUGUAGCAAGAUCAAAGCCCUGUUAGUCUUGUAAACCCCGGAAGAGCUCCAAUUCGGUCAGUUUCAUCGAUUUUGGUCCAAUUGUGCCUAGUACAAUAUAAUUUCUUUUCUCUUCUUCGAUCAAUCUAAGAAGUUCUGGGUGCACCUCCUAGAUGCCUUUCGAUGCUUUCUCGCCGGUUUCACACGUAAUUUGUUGUUUAUUAGAAUUUUGGAAUCAUUUUUGUUAUUUAUUUGUAAAGGUUUCAGCGUAUGAAAUGUCGAAAACAUUUUCCCGCGAAUUUCUCUAUUUCCACUUUUUUCGUGGCGUGCCAAUGGUGUAUAUCACUUGCCAUUUGGUGAGGGUUCGUUUGUACACUUCCCUAGUAAGUACCUUUUGUUGCUGUAGUGCAAUUAUUUUCGUUUUUCUUUAAAUUUUUUAAUAAUUCUUUUUUUCGGGAUUUUCAGAAAUUCAAAAUUGGUCAUAUCUCCCACCUUAUCACUUUUUGGCCAUAUCACCAGCCUUAUAGCACUCCCACGUUCCCUCUGAUCAGCCCAAAAGUCAUAAACAGAAACCAAAAAAACCCCUGCCCCAUUUCUCCUCGCCACAUCCAUCCUCAUCCAUUCCAAUCAAGCGCCCCAAACCCGUCAUCCUCAAAUGACCUCAAACCUGACAGGUCAUUCGAGAAGGGCUUUGGCAACAGCAAACAAAUCAGCGAAAAGGGAGGUAAUGAGCAUACGGGGCAUGGCACUCCACUUUUAUUUACUUGGGUGUGGAUUUGGCAAACAAAAAAAUUAAUCAGUAUAAGUUUUAUGGCAAGGGAUUAUGGCUUAAAGAAGUCUGUCUGACAUUGUGAAUGACGUGCGGGGUAAAAAUAUUUAUUAUAUUGAUAUUGAUGGAUCUACCAAAACUUUUCCCUCAAACCCCCCGACGUUUACAUCGAGUCUUCGAAAAUGAUGGAUUGGAUAAAAUGGAGCUUAUCUAUAGGCUGGAAAAAGGUUCGGGAGGUUUUAAAAGAUGAAAAAAUUACGUGGACAACAGAAGGAAAAAAAAUUUUUUUAGUCAAAAAAUUAAAAUUUUCGGGAAUUUUAUUGUAAGCUUGAAAUGUAACUACUCUAAAAAGCUUUUUUCUCUACAAAAAACAAUUUUUUCCUUCCCGAAAUUAAUAAAAAAUCUGCCGAAAAUAUUUUUUCUCUGAUUGUCUCUCCUUAUUUUGCAUAAUAUCUCGUCUGCAAAGGCUAAGACUGCAAGGCAAAAAAUGAAAUUUUUUACAGUAAUAAAUAUAUUUCCCAUACAGAUAAAAUGCAGAAAAAUAAAGCGAAACGUCAAAUGGUACCUCUAGUUCAGCGAUUCCAUCAACUUCUCCCAAUUCUUCCAUUUUCCCCAAUGUUUUGCCUCAAAUCUGAAAACUAAACCCAUAAACCAAUUCCAACACCGAUAAGGUCCAAAAACGAACAUUUCCCGCACGCGUUCAGCAAACAUAAUAUUCGGCUUGAUUUGUUUAUCAUCUCAAGAACUGAGACCCAUUCCCAAACCACGCAAUAAAAGAGAAAGGGCUUUUUGCGGGCUUGUCAUCAAAAAUAAUGAGGGCUUAAUCAACUUUGGAAUUUAUUUCGAAUUUUGAAAUUUAUUCACUAAAUUAUGAAAAUCUUGAAAAAUAAAAAAAAAUGUUUUUUUUAUUUUCAAAAGACCUAAGCAUAAUUUUAAAAUAUUUUAUCAAAAAAAAUUCAAAACACAGCCUCCAAAUCGGAUUAAAACUCGAUUUAAUAUUUCAAAAUAUGUUUUCAUAGCCUGAGGCUCGUUUUUGGUAUUUUUUUUUUGAAUAUGUUAUUAGUAUUGUAAGCGCCGCUAAAUAAUAUGUCUGUGAAAAAGAAGGGGGAAUUAUUUUCAUGUAUAAUGUAACAUAAGCAUACCCUUGGGGGAGUUUUGUGGUUUUCUGAAUGGGUUUUUGGUUACAGAAUAGAAAAUCGGAAAGUAAUUUUUAGAGGUAGAAACGGGUGGGAAUUGUGGAAUUAAAAUGUAAAUUUAGAUGGUAAGUAGACGAAAAUCUUUUUUUGGUUUUAACAAAUUCUGUUGAAUUCAAAAAAUCUUGUUGUAUAUUAAAAGAAUGAAAAAUGGAUUCACGGGAUUAAAAAUUUAAAAAAAAUCUUUUUUUAUUACAAACAGUUUUAAAAUCGAAAAGUGAUUUUUAGAGGCAGUAACGUGGGAAUUGCGGAAUUAAAAUUUAGAAUAAAAAAUAAAAUAAAAUAAGUACUUUAUGGAUAUUUAGUUACAGACUGAUGGAUAAUUCAAAUUUCUCAACGUUCCACGAGGCACUUUUUUAAAAAACCUUUUUUUCAGAAAAUCUCAAUUUGUAACUCUUUAAAAAAAUCUGAGCGUUGCACCACAAACCUUCCCUUGCAAAUAACAAACCAUGCAAAUUCCACCACCAACAAUCCAAACUGUUAAUUAAAAAAAUUCUCGCUCUGCAGCUGACAGUUAAUCAUAAAAAAAAAUAAAAAAACAAAUCCAUUCCAAAUAUCCCUAUUUUAGGACUUUUUCAUAUGUUUUGCUCUGCGCUUAUAGUGCAAGGAUAUUAAAGAUAUUAAAAAAAGUGGUCGACCUCAUUUUCUAUUUGCAUUACCGACUGUACUAAACACCAUCGUUGAGAGAACAAUAAGAAAGGAAAGGAAGAGGUCUUUGGGGGGACGAAACGUUUACUUGUUUCGUUUUUUCGGCGAAUCGAGAAACAUGAGAAAAUUUUUGAUUGUAAUAACAAAUAAAAAAUAAUUUGAAAAGGUUUGGGUAAAAAAAAAACUUCCUUUUUUUAAUUUUAAAUCCUACAAGUGCUUUUUUUAUUUUUUUAAAUAUGUUAUAACACAACAACAUUUUUUUAUUUCAAAACAAAAAAAAAGAAAAAAAAGAAAAAAUUGUUAAAAUUCACCUUCUAUUUCCACAAUUCCCAUCCGUUACUACCUCUAAAAAUUCCUUUCCGAUUUUCUAACUGUGACCAAGAACCCAUUCAGAAAACCACAAAACGCCCUAAGGGUAUACUUAUAUUACAUUAUACACGACAAUAAUUCCCUCUUCUCUUUUUGCAAACAUAUAUUUAGCGGAUCUUACAAUACUAAUAGCAUAUUCAAAAACAAUAAUAAAGAUGGGCUCUCAGGCAGCGAAAACAUACGUUUAACUGUUUUAAACGUAUUUUUGCUAAAAUAUUCCUGGCAUUCACUAACUGUUUAAUGUAAUAAAUAUAAAAAUAAACUCUUUUUAACCUCUAAACUUUCUAAAUUACUCAAAAUUUCCCCAUUAAAGGACCAGAAAAGGUAUUUUUUGAACCGAUUUUUUUAUCGGCGUAAUCAGGCAAUUUCGUGGCGGGACCAUCAAGGUAUGUAUGUGUUCUCGAUUUUUGGAAUGGAGAAUAAAAUUCUCCAGUGGAUUCUAAAUGGCCGCUUGGCCCAGAAACCUUGGUUUACGUGUUGAAUGAGCUGCUCCAUUUCCAGGAACUGGAUCAAAACAUCAAAGACCGUUCAUGUAAGUUUCUUUUUUUGUCCUUCAGUUACUUUUUUAGGUAUCUCUCCACGAGCAAGAAAGAUUGGACAAUUAGAACCAAUAGGAGAAAUAUUGGACAGUUAGAACUGAUUAGAUUGUGCAUCCGGGACUCGUGGAAGGGUAUGGUCGAGAGAAACGUGGUGCACAGGUGAGAGUUUUUCAUUUUUGUUUAUUUUUUAGGUAGACCGGGACAUGGAUAAUAUAUUUUUAUCAGUGAAAUUACGGCCCGAGCUUUAUUUAAUCACUGUAUGAAGUAUAGCAGAGUUGAUGCUCGGUUUACAGAACAAAUCAUGUUUUUAAUCCUCCGUUUUUAUCAUAAGUAUGCACUUUUGCCAUGGAUAAUAUCAAAAUUUGGGCUAAAACUAGCUUUUUGGGUAAUAAGCUUGAACUUUUGGGCAAUAGAUUGUUUCUAUUGAUUAUUUCAGGUUCCUGGAACGUCGAGAAAAUACUACGGUGCUUGAGACUAGAACAAGGCCAUCAGUGCGGAAAAUGAUCGCCUCACGACCGUUGAUUUUUUUCUUUUCCCAUCAAUAUUUCAAAAUAAACCUUUGA